UUAUGACUGCUAUUGUUGUAUGUUCGAAGAUCUAGAGCGGUUGUAACCAUAACCGUAACCGUAACUAUAAAAAAGCUGUAAUUAAGUAAUCAAUCGCCUUUUCUACAUGUUUGCAUUUCGAGAACUCGCUUUAACGUUUCUUUAGUUUUAUAAUUUAUUCAGCAAGUAUGCUGCACCCCUGUGAGAUUAUAGCAGUUGUGUGCGUUUUUCGCUACACAUAUGCCGACUCCACCGUACCCAGUGCUUUUGCCGAUGCGGUUCCAGCCGAUAUUAAAGAUAUCCAACACGUCGCGUUGAUCCCAGGAGCUUCGGGAAACGGAACAUUUCCGUUCAACGCAUCAUGUCCGGCGAUGGUUUCCCGUUCAGAGUGGCAUGCGCGCGAUCCGAUAUACAAUAACCAAACCGAGGUCAAAACCUUUCUACAAUACCCAUUGCGCUACAUGGUGUACACGCAGACGCUAACCGGCACCACGGUGCACGGGACGUGUACUGAUCGGGAGUCCUGCAAGAAAACCGUCAAAGCCAUACAGGAUGACCAUAUGGGCUUCUCGCCUUCAUCCACCACGAAAUUCGCCGAUAUCGCUUACAACUUUUUGAUCGGAAUGGAUGGAGCGGUAUUUGAGGGUCGAGGAUGGCUGCUUAAGGGCGCUUAUUACAAACCGCUAAACACACAAGGAAUCGGGGUGGCCUUCAUUGGGACUUUUCCUGAAGCAGGCACAAGCGUUGCACCAAUGUCUUAUGAAGCGAUCCUAGCGGCGCACCAGCAGUUACGGUGCGCCAUUUCCAUGGAAUAUGUCGUCUCUGUCAAUUACUCGGUGAUUGCAGUACGUCUCAGCCCGACUGCCAGCCAGUACAUUGACAAUCCCGACACCUUUCCACGCAAUCCUCCAACGGCCGGACCCAUGCUAACACCAGGAGAGACGGCUGUGGUGUCCAUCCAUUGCCUGCAGUGUCGCCUUGGUCUUCGGCAUCGUUUUGGCGAUUUGCGUUCGCAAGAAUGCUCGUGCUUCUGCUGAACGGGGGAAGAUUCUGGACAACAUGGGAAGCGACUGCCUGUAUGUGUAUUCGCAUCGCAACAGUCUUGGUCAAGGAUCAUCUGGACACGUUUACAGAGCCAGAAUCGUACAUCGCGGGAAUUAUACCGGUGAAGAGGAAGCGGCAGUCAAAGUCAUUGACGAAACAAAAGUGAAAAAUUUGAAAGUCAGCGAACGUUCCAGGGACAGAUGGGUGACACUGCUUAGCCUACAAUGCCCACAUCUGGUAGCGUUUCACAGAGUCAGUUUUUUCUCAACUAAUACUGGCUUUUCUGUGGAAAUCCUUAUGGAUCUUUGCGAAGGCAUGAACAUUAUGCCUUGUUGAAGCAAAUUUGACGUCUUCGCACUAGGCGGCGACUUGGAGAGGCUGUUAUUCGGAGUAAAGGCCGAUCAUGCGCUUCUAGAUCAAGGGAGCGCAUUAUGUUAUGCACUGCAAAUCGUGACUGGUGUGGAAUUCUUACACGCGCGACACCUCAGGCACGGUGACUUGAAACCCGGCAAUAUCUUCCUGAAACACCAUGCUGACCGGCAUGCUGCGGUGGUAAUCGGCGACCUGGACGGUCUAGAGGUAAUGGGGAACAACACCGCUAGUGAGACGCACGCCGACAUGAACGUUGGUGGAACGCUCAAAUACAUGGCACCCGAGAUUAUGCACAUGGGAAGUCAGGAGCAGCCCCCGGCUCCGAGUCGGAAAACGGAUAUCUGGAGUGUCGGUUGUAUUAUGCAUGAUUUAUUUGAUCGUUCUAGUGGAAUUCAUAUACGCAAGUAUAAGAAGUCCGACCCUCUCCCGGGAGAAAGCGGUACGUUUACGAUGGAUGCAAAAACCACCCAACAUCAAUUUGCCGUGCGAAUCAUGGCUGGUUACGUUCCGUUCGUCAGUGAAGAGCUCGCACCGGCAUUAGCUGAUAUCAUCCGCCCAUGUUUGAAUGUGGACAACAGUAAGAGACCAUCCGCUGAGGAAUUACGACGCAGUGUGCUUCAAUCACUGGGUCACAUAGCAACACAUCACGACCCAACUUCCCAUGAGUCAGAAAGACGUAAUUCGGAAAUGCAUUUGUGGACAAUAUUUAUUACAAAAUGGAUUCGAUGUCAGCUGU